AUGGCUUCUGAUCAGGAAAACAUCUCCAAGUCUCAGAGCAAGAGUCUGCCGUUCCCCGAGUAUUUCUCAGCCCUCGCCGCAAACUAUGCUCAGCAAACAGGCAACAGCACGCGCGCCGCUUUCAACCUGGUGUUUGAUGACUUGAACGCCAUUGAGCCCAUCACCAAGGACUCGGUAGUUCACGACAAUGCCGCCGGCCCUGGAACAGCCACCUCUGUCCUCGUCGACAGACUCCCUGCUGAUGGCCUACCUCACAUUCUUGUCACUGAUAACGUGCCCCCAAUGGUUCAAGCCGCCAAGGACUCGUUUACUUCCUGGCCUACAAUUGAAACUCGAGUACUGGACUCGCAAAAUUUGGAGGGCAUCCCCGACGAUCACUUCACGCACAGCAUCCUCAACUUUAGCGCCUUUACCUUUGCAGACCCUCUAAAGGGCCUUAAGGAGAUCCACCGCACCUUGAAGUCACCCGGUCUGGCUGCUCUUCUUGUGUGGAAGCGCUUCGGUGCUGGCGAGGUCAUCCAUGCGGCUCAAGCUCUCGUGCGACCGGACCUCCCCCCAAUGAAGGUCCCCAACCCCCAGUUCUUUGAAGAAGGUUACCUACAGAAGAUCUCCGCCGAGGCUGGAUUUGACCCUUCCAAGAUGCAAUCGUCGCAGUGGACCAUCAUUGUCAAGGGACCUGAAUUAGACGAUGGGCUGAAGAAGUUUAUCCUGAGUGAUUUUACGCGCCCGGCUCGCGCUGGAUGGACGGAUGAGGAGGUCAGCAGGUGGCCCGAGGCUGUUGAUAAGGCGAUUCAGAAGGAGAUUGAUGCAUAUGGUGGUGUCAAGUUUGAGUCUUGGGUUGUUCUAGCAAGCAAGUGA